CGUGAAUUUAAAGGUUCAUGAACUUAUACUGUUGUAGAUGGUGUUUAACAUACAGCUGGUAAUAGUAUGGUGGUCGCAUGCUAAUACCGGAGGGAUUACUAACAAUCUGUUCAAACUGCAAAAUGCACGCUAAUGCUAACUGAAUGUUAAAGCAUUCUCGAUCGGAUCAGCAAAGAUCAUAAUACAAUAAAAGCAGCAAAAAUCCUUUCCUUUUUAUCAGUUAAGUAUGUUUCCGUAAACUGGACUAUAUAUAAAAAUACUUUUUACAAAUAAUGUAUUGCCGCAAGGCAGCCAAAAAGCUGAUUACAUCGUGUUGGAUUAUUAUGCUUGGUCUGGCGCAACAUUUGACCUGUCGGAAAGUAACGGUUCGUCGUACGACUUAUAUGGCAGCAUCACACGGGAACGAGAUGGUCAGCGAGGUGCCAAUAAAGUUUGGCAACGAGUUGCAGCGGGAGUUUACGACAAAAGGCACCCAGGUCAAGGUCAACACGGAUCACACAGAAACUGACAACACCUCAAGUUUUGCAAGUACAAGUUGGAGUUCUCCAUCUGGUAUAUCCAUACCUGCGAGUUACGCUGCUGUUUCUCGGCAAGGCUACGUGAAUUUAAGUCAAAUGCAAAAUAUAUGGGAGAGAAUCCUGAAUUACCCGGCGGAUGGAUACCGGCGUCCGAACGCCAGUGUGGAAUUGUCGGCAUUCAUUGUGGAACUACAGGAUGAAGUCGAAACUUCGAAUCAUACUGGAGUCUUCAAUCUACAAGAAAACAUAGGCAAUAUGUUGCGCAUUGCGUCCGGCAGUGUUAUACCACAUGCAGUCUUACAAGAAAUGGAGAAGAAGAAUGCAACUUGCUCACAGCUUCUCCAGCUUCCAGCUCUAACGCUGGCACGGUUAUCAAACGCUGGAACAAUGGAGCACUGGUAUAGGUUAACCGGCAACGAUCAGGAACAGUUCUACUUUAAUGUUGGAAAUCUGACCAUGUAUCACAGCGACAAUUACACGAUGAUUGCAUUCGUUAAGCGCUUUUAUCAAGGGAUAAACUUUAAUACAACCCUGGAUGCAGUGCUGUCGUCCUCUCCAAAAGAAACCACAGUGGAUAUUGUCGAAAAUUUUGGAGAUAAUUGUUCCAACCACAACAACAGAGGAAACUGCGAAAUCUGGGCUAGGUUGCCGGGUUCCUUAUUUAGUUCGCUUAUUCCGUUGUGGAACGCUGCCAGUGAUUAUUCUAAUAAUUACUCAGCUUUUAGCAAAAAUCAUGACAAUUCACCUGUCGGACUUUGGAUGGAAAUUAUACAGCAGAAUUCUCUUGAUCUAGCCGUCGUGAGCAAUGGAAACAGUUAUUUUGGUUACCACAAGGUUGUAAUGGUAUCGCGAGUAUUUUCUCUUGCAAAUUCCAGUUCCAGCAGCAUAAACGCCCACAUAAACGAACCGGCAUACCGUUUUCCGGAUCCUGUUACAAUGACAGUUUAUACGCUUCCUUUAAAUGGGAGGGAAAUUUCCCGAUAUACGUGCGGUCACUCUUCGACUACUAACAAUCGCCGUCCGCUAGUGUGGGAUUUUGAAAAAGACUGUCUAAUGACCACCAAGGACGUCUUUUCGUCGACGUACCUCAAUCAAAGUUUGUGGAGGAUUACUUGUGCGUGCCACUAUUAUGGACGUUACGCCGUGUUCCGAUUAGAUGACGCAGAUUUGAUUUCCGUUGCCGACAUAUUGACCAUUGCUCUGGAACGUCUUCGAGACAUGUACCAGCAAGGUCAGUCCCCUUAUCGGUUACUUGAAGAAAUCAACAAGAUGUUGAAUCACCUGGACACAACUGUCAAUUACAGUAACAACUCAGCGCUGCAGUUAGUAUUGGAAUUAUUCCAGUUUGGCAAUGUUAUCUCACCAUCAUUGAUUUCCAAAGUACAGAAUCGGACUGGGAUCUGCAAUCGCUUAAUGUCCCUUCGUGACAAUAUCGCCCGGAAUGUGACCUUUCUGACUAACGAUAACAGUGAAAUGAUCACGGCAUCAACGAAAGAUUUCUCGGUUGUGGUGACCCGCUUCUCCCGCAUUUCACGAUUUGUGGGAAUGGGAUCGUAUUUGGAUAAAUCAAAUUUGUCAAAAAUUACCGCAGCAGAUGAUGUUGAAAGCGGCUCCAUGGUGACCAGCAUUACAAUGCCAGAUUCUUUAAUUGACCAUUUGAUACAAAUUUCGGAGCGAACGGAGUUUCGGGUUUGGUUUGAAGUUUCACGCAAUUCCAGCAUAUACAACGCGACAACCGGUUCACUGGACAGUAGUUUUACUGUAACCAGUAAUCAAACGGAAUUUACAUUAGCAUCAUGGGUUAUCGGUGCCACCAUUUCCGGCCUUGAUAAACCCAUAACUGACUGGACUGAUUCAAUUAGCAUUCGGAUAAAGAUAUUUGAUUACCGUCCAACUUUGAAUUAUGUAUGCGCCUUUUGGGAUGUUCAUGCAAAUUCUAAAUUUGGAGCGUGGAGUACGAAAGGGUGUACAACCGGAAAAACGGACAAGGCUUAUAUCACAUGCUAUUGUAACCACCUGACCAGUUUUGCCAUAUUGGUGGAUCCCAGUGGAUUAGGAAAACUUUCGAAAGACACACGAAACAUUUUAUCAGUUUUUACUUCUAUCGCCUUGAUCACAUCCAUAGUAAGACUGGUGGUCAUGACAUGCAAGGAAAAAAAUUUCAGCACCACCAGCAUAAGAUAUGCCGUAAAAACACGAUCCACCAGAAAAGAUCUGAGCAACAAAGAUUUCGUCCUGAUUAAUCUAUGCGUCUCGCUUAUUCUAGCUUAUGUGACCUUUCUGUGUGGCAUCGACCGAUUGGAAUCCCGAGAUCUGUGUCUGACCGCAGGCGUCUUCUUGCAUUGGUUUUUUCUAGUUUCUUUUGCAUGGAUGACUGCGGAAGGACUGCUACUUUUUAAGACAUUUGCUGCCGGUAACCUGAUUGUGUCCUUGGAAAGGUUCCAACUGUGGUCCGCCUUGUGCUGCUGGAGUAUGCCCUUUGUCAUUGUGACUAUCAAUUUGACCAUCGAUCGUAAUAUUUACGGUUAUGGUUCUACUAAAUCAUGCUGGCUGGAUUCCAUAUAUGCACCCGUGCAGUUCUAUCUCACUAUCAUCUUGCCAAUCUGUCUGUCACUGGCGUGGAAUAUUUUAGUUUUCAUAUUAGUCAUAAAACGACUAAUAAGUAAGAAAUUAAAAAUCCGAUCGACCAGAACCGAAGCUGACCUUUUCCUGCAACUACGACGAUGCUUGAUUCUCUUUGUUCUACUUGGCCUUCCUUGGAUGCUGUUAUUAAUUGAUGUUUCCAAUAACAGCAGCGAAGCUUCUCUGGCCAUGCACAUUUUAAUAUUAAUUUUCUGUGGCACGCAAGGCAUCGGGAUUUUGUUUAUACAAGUCUGUGAGAUCAAGCCGGUGUUUGGGAAAAUUUCGAAAGUAAUAUGGUCAGGACGCACGAGCAGUACUAAGGCAGCCAAUUCUACAACCACAGUCGAGCAUCCCGAACACAAGAAGAGCCAUAGAACUGCUAAAGGCAAAGCCACGUGAUCUCAACAGGGAACCAGAUUUCUGUGCCGGUAGUACGCCAAUUCGUCUCAUGCCGAAGUGACUUAUGGCGAUGGACAUACAAAUCUACGUUUUGCAUGUAAACGUUUUGUAAUGACCGUAUGUGCGGAACGCACCAUGCCAUUUCAUGCUUUAACCGAACACAUUAGCGGAAGGUUUUGAAAUUCUUCGAUGGGUUGUUUUGUGAUAUUAUACUGCAAAGUAUGGUUGCAUGUUCCAACAAUUAGUGUGCUCGUCUAUUUACUACGUUAAUUAUGAUAAGCAACGUACUUAUUGUACUCGUAGUUUGUAAGUAUAGGCCUUGGUGUGGCUAACAAACUACUAAACUUGUUUGGCGAUUCGCUUUGCACGCUGCAGUUCUAGAAUAAUGUUUAUGUUGUUUUUAAUUACGGUUAUUGUUGCCUUGUUAAACUAAUGUUGUUUUGUUUGGUUUUACCAGUAACAAAGUUAUCGAUUUCUCAUUGAGAGGCU